AUGGGCUUGCUGCAGGAGAAAGAGGGUUGGGAACAGGUAGUUCCCACCCUUCAGCCGAUCAACUCCCCGGCUAUCCUUGCGCAUUGGCGGCCCUUGGUGUUCCUGUGGGACAAACUCUCUCUUGAACAGAGAGGGGCUAUUAACCAACUAGAACUAGAGCCCGGACUCCAGAAACCGGCUCCCAUUCCAGCCAUACAUGUUCAAGGGUCGAAUGUGACAGAAAAGGUUCCACCCGAGGUAUCAGGGUUUGACUCCCAUUUCCAUCCCGACAGGCUAAAUGAACUAUCUUCAGGUGUCCAAGAUGUGAGCAAAUCGAUACUCCCAGGCCGUGAACCGGACCACUAUGUUCCAAUAACUGGCGGGGUUCUUAAUUACUGUGACCCUUUGAACUUCUCCCAUCCAGAAUUUGAAGAACAGGUCCUGGGCCGAAUAAUUGAUUCCAAUUCGAAAUUGGCCAUCGGAAUCCAUCCGAAACAGGCGGCAGAGUACAUGCAAGGCCAAUGGGAGUGCUUCCUAAAGCUCCUGUCCAAUCCCCGGGUGUCGGCCAUCAGUGAAGUUGGUUUCGAUUUCACGGUGAAAAAACAUCUUUGGCGACACCAAAAGGAGCUCAUGGACCGGAUCCUAUCUCUAGGGACCCUAGGGCGCAUCUUAGUGAUGCACUUGCGAGGGGCUGAUGACGGCAAGUACAGUAAGGUCGUAAACCGGCUGGCAUUGCGACGUCUAAAGAGGGAGUGCCUCCCUCACCAACGGGUGCACUUGCACUGCUUUACCAGUGACGUCAGUAUGGUCCAUGCCUGGAACGAAGCUUUUCCUCACUGCUAUUUUGGUAUCACGGGUAAGGUCCGUUCGUUCAACGAGGACCAACUCGCAGCACUGAGGGAAAUUCCCCUGAACCGUCUGUUACUAGAGACGGACUCCCCUCACCUCAAGUUGCAUCCUGGGUGUACCUAUAACACCCCGUACUAUCUUGGGGACGUGGGAUAUUACGUCGCCAGGGCACGCGGAGUGCCCCUCGCAGAAAUAAUCGGGGCUACUUACACAAACGCACAGCGUUUGUACUGUUGA